UUAUUUGAACCCUGGUCGUAUUGUGUGCUUAUUUGAGACAGUCAUAGGUUUUUGUUUUCAGCCGGAAUCGGUCCGUCCGCGGUCUUUCUGUUUCCGUGUCUGGGAGGGGAGCAGUGGUGUGAUUUUAGAGGAGACUUUUUAUCUGUCAGAAUGCAGGACCCGAAUGAAGACACAGAGUGGAAUGAUAUCCUGAGGAAGAAAGGGAUUCUUCCUCCCAAAGAGGUACCUAAAGAUGAUGAAGAGGAAGAGCUGGCCCUCCAACAGCAGUCUGUCGUUAAAACGUAUGAGAGCAUGACGAUGGAGGAACUGGAGGAGAAUGAAGAUGAGUUCGGUGAAGACGAUGAGGCUGCCAUUGAGAUGUACAGACAGAAGCGUCUUGCGGAGUGGAAGGCGACUCAGAUGAAGAAUGUGUUCGGGGAGCUGGGGGAAAUCUCAGGGCAAGACUACGUCAACGAGGUCAACAAGGCCGGAGAUGGCAUCUGGGUGGUGCUGCACCUCUACAAACAGGGCAUCCCUCUGUGCACACUCAUCAACCAGCACCUGAGCUUGUUGGCCAGGAAGUUCCCUCAGACCAAGUUCCUCAAGUCCAUCUCCACCACCUGCAUCCCUAACUACCCCGACCGCAACCUGCCCACCAUCUUUGUGUACUUUGAGGGAGAGAUGAAGGCCCAGUUCAUUGGGCCACUGGUCUUUGGGGGCAUGAAUCUCAAAGUUGAAGAGCUGGAGUGGCGGUUAUCAGAGAGUGGGGCGAUAAAGACAGACCUGGAGGAAAACCCCAAGAAGCAAAUCGAAGACAAGCUAAUGUCAUCGAUCAGAGGUUCCCUUCCUACUCGAAAGGACAGUGACUCUGAGGACGAGGACUAUUAGGAAAAAACGCCUGUCACUCCAAAGGACCUUAAAUCAUCUGCAGAUGGUUUGAGCAGGGCCAGAGAAGGGAUGGCAUCUCCUGUAUCAGCAAAUGCAUUUCAUAUUUUGACCAUGUAGAUGGCGCUCUCAUACAGGGAUCAGUCCUGCUCAAGGGUGUCGGACAGGACACUUAGCUGGAGAGAAUCCAACCUAUGAUCUUGUUGUCGAAUCAGCCAGCCUCCUGUCUAUCUCUGUGGGAAAAACAGCACAACAAUCACUCCUUUGUAAUUUCAAUAAACAUCCAACCCCAUCACUUGAGUCUGUACAAAAGCAUCAGAAACCGAUUUUAACUUUUUUAUUACGUUUCAAGAGAAUUGUCACAAAAUGUACAUGUACAUUUAAAUCUGUUAAAUUAAAUGUGAGUUCACCUUUUUGCCACAAUAAUCUGUGUGUUGCUAAGUCCUAUUUUUUUUUUUGGAAAAUGUCACUGUUAAUUACAAAGAACUUGCUGAACAGAUAAUUGUUGUGCAGAAGUGUUUUGUUUGUGUUUUGACACCCAUGUCUUGUGUAACAGUAUAAUGUUUGUGCUUGGGAGUAGUUUACAUUAACACACACCAAUUGACAUUUGGAAGCAGGAAGACACAUGGCAGCCUUGGCAGUGCAGUUCUAUUUUUUUUUUUUCCCAUCUGUACAAUAAUUUGUUUUUUGUUAACAAAAAGUCGUGUUUCUGUCUUGAGACUUGUCAGAGAUGCUGUGCGUUGCCCCAUCAGUCUUUGGGUGUGAUGUUCACAGGCUGCGGUUCUUCUGUUAAGCCUGAUGUCCCUUUUUGUUUUUGUAGAUUUUUCUAUUACAACAUCCCCUCCGGCAGACCUCGAAUCUUCUGUUUCAUUAGGAAGAAAGAAAAGUCAGUGUCAGCAGUAAAUCGAACCUGAACCGUGAUGUAAUUAAAUGUAAUUUGCGCUGGCUGUCUUAA